GCGCGCAUGUCUCUCACGCGCAUUUCCGCUCGGUUCUUCGCCAUUUUAUUCCUGCCAUUCAGUUCAAGGGUAUUAGCACGCGCAGUUAGUGGAACCAAGACAUCACCAUGUAUCGCUUCGCCAAGGCUGCUCUCAACCUCUCCGGUCAAAGUGCCCGUCAGGUGGCUGUUCGUAACAACUCUACCUUAUCCCAAGAAUUUCAUGCAAAAUAUGGAGCACCUCUGCUGAUUGCAGGAGCCACUUUUUGCACAGCUGUUUGGGCAUAUGUGAUCACAUCAACAGGCAUCGCAUGGAACCUGUCUCCUGUAGGCAAGGUGCAGCCCAAGGAAUGGAAGGAGUAAUGAACACAAAAAGAGUCCUGGGGAAUUCUGAAAUAACAUUCUAAACUUUUCUGUUUUGAAAAAUGAGCCCAUUUUCACCUGAUUCAGUCUUGGCAUGUCUGUAAAAAAUGUAAUAAAUUAAUUAUAAAUCUUAAA